AUGUGUGUUUGUCAAACCAUGGAAGUGGGCAAGUAUGGCAAGAAUGCCGCUCGAUCCGGAGAGCGGGGGGUGCUGCUGGAGCCUUUCAUUCACCAGGUGGGCGGCCACAGCAGCAUGAUGCGCUACGACGACCACACUGUCUGCAAGCCCCUCAUCACCAGAGAGCAGCGCUUCUAUGAGUCUCUGCCCCCAGAGAUGAAGGAGUUCACACCCGAGUACAAAGGUGUGGUGUCUGUCUGUUUUGAGGGAGACAGUGAUGGCUACAUUAACCUGGUGGCCUACCCCUAUGUGGAGAACGAGGCUCUGGAGCAGGAGGAUAUGCCGGAGAGGGACCAGCCGCGGCGCAAGCACUCACGUCGGAGCCUUCACAGGUCAAGCAGUGGCACUGAGCACAAGGAGGAAAAGCCUGGCCUGGCCAGUGACAGCACUGAAAGCAGCAUCCAGGAAACGAAGAGUCCCAGGAUGGACCUGCACAUCCAUUCAGAUGUUCCAUUUCAGAUGUUGGAUGGGAACAGUGGUCUGAGCUCUGAGAAGAUCAGCUAUAACCCCUGGAGCCUGCGCUGCCACAAGCAGCAGCUGAGCCGCAUGCGCUCCGAGUCUAAGGACCGAAAGCUCUACAAGUUCCUUUUGCUGGAGAACGUGGUGCAUCACUUCAAGCUUCCCUGUGUGCUUGAUCUGAAGAUGGGGACCAGGCAGCAUGGAGAUGAUGCAUCCGAGGAGAAGGCUGCUCGGCAGAUGAAGAAGUGUGAACAGAGCACUUCUGCCACCUUGGGUGUGCGUGUCUGUGGGAUGCAGGUGUAUCAGCUGGACACGGGACAUUACUUGUGCAGGAAUAAAUACUAUGGACGAGGUCUUUCCAUUGAGGGCUUCCGCAACGCCCUCUACCAGUAUCUCCACAACGGCAUUGAGCUGCGCAAGGACCUCUUUGAGCCUGUCCUGGCCAAACUGCGAAGCCUGAAGGCGGUUUUGGAGAGACAGGCCUCCUACCGCUUCUACUCCAGCUCCCUUCUCAUCAUUUAUGAUGGGAAGGACAGCAGGGCAGGGAUGUUUAUGGAGCGCCGGCCAGAGAUGCGCCUGAAGCGGGUGGACAGCUCCGUCCCAGAGAGCCUGCAGGAUGGCAGCAGCAUGGAGCCCGGCUCCGCAGCACAGCCCAAGGUGGACGUGCGCAUGAUUGACUUUGCACACAGCACCUUCAAGGGCUUCCGUGAUGACCCCACUGUGCACGAUGGACCCGACAUGGGCUAUGUGUUCGGGCUGGAAAGCCUCAUCAACAUCAUGGAACAGAUGCGUGAGGAGAACCAGUAGCCCUGCGGCCUCUCACUGUCCUGGUGGCAGGAGCAGACAAGACCACCUACUACCACAGGAAAAAAACAGAUGACUUUGGUUUUAAACAAUUGUAUUGCUCCAUUGUUUUUAAAUGUACUUGAUAGGAGAGCUGAGGGGAGGCAGGAUGGAAGAGCUCAUGCCAACCAGAUGGUUCUGACAGCGCUGGAUCAGCCUUCUGGAGAAGGCUUCAUAGAUGCCUGGGUGUUCUGGUUCACCGCUUGUCACGUGUGCAUUCUGAAGGGAGGACCUGGAAACAGGGAAGAGAAAGCAGGAGAGCUCUGGGGCUCUUUGAGGGCUUGUGGUGUGAGGAGCCUCCUGCCUCAGGAGCCCCCAGGAGAGCCUUCCCUUUGAAAUUCUCCUGAGCUAUUUGGAAAGGGCACUUGACGGUUGGCAGUGUCUGUGGGGCUGAUGGUGAGCAGCACAGGUGCUGGCCUGUGUGCUUGGUGUCG